AUGAUGGUGGAAGCAGCGGUGGCUGACGGUGACGUGGUGUCGUUCCUCUGCCACGCGGGGGAGCGGUACAAGGAGCACCGGGAGCUGCUUCGCCGUAAGCAGCUGGAGGACGAGAGGAAAAAGUGUCCGUUCAAGCCAACUGUUACCGAGUACGCGGAGAAUAUGAAUCGCCGCUCCAUCAGUCGACGCAGCGGGGCGAUCGAGAAGCGCCUGCACGAGCUGCACGCCAAGCGGCUGCAGGAGGCAGAGGUGCGGCGGGUGGAGAGCCGCGAGCGGCGCGAGGCGGAGUUAGUGGCGGCGGUGCGC